AUGAGUACGGCGGCGGCGGCGGCGAGGACGGUUGACGAGGGCUAUGUGCAGCAGGAGUGGCAGCAGAGGAUAUUGGGGACCGAGGGGCUGAGCAUACGGACGGGGCCGAUGGAGCCCGCCCUCUUCACCGGCACCAUCCCCGACCACUUCGCCUCCGUCGUCUCCCGCCACGGCGACCGUCCCGCCGUCAUCGCCCGCUCGCCAUCCCCCCUCGCCCGGGAAUCCACCCUCACCUACCACGCGCUCGACCUCGUCUCCAACCGCCUCGCCUCCUCCCUCUCCUCCCUCGGCGUCCGCAAGGGCGACCGCGUCGCCGUCUCGCUCGGCAACAGCGCAGAGUUCGCCGCCCUCACUUACGCCCUGUUCAAGCUCGGCGCCGUCCUCGUCCCGCUCAACCCUACCUUCAAUGCCCAGCAGGUGACCGCCGCGCUGGGCCAUCUCGGCGCUGAAGUAUUGAUUAUUGGCGCUGUCACGGAUCUCGCGUAUCGCCCUGGAAAGGGACGCAGCAACAAGCAGCUGCUGGAGACGGUUGUCGGCGACCUGCACCGUAGCCGGAUCCAGAGCGAGGCCGUCCCUAGUCUGAAGCGUGUCGUCGUGCUGGAUAACCGCACCAGCCAUCCCGACGUCGACUUCCCGCUGGAUCAAUUCGCUGCCUUGAGUUCGUAUGAGACUCUGCUCGAGGGCUCUGACCGCACCGUCAAGCCUGAUGCCCCGUUGGAUCCCGCGGACACCAUCAACAUCCAGUUCACGUCCGGCACAACAUCCGCCCCUAAAGCCGCACAGCUCUCGCACACGGCCAUCCUCAACAACGGCGCCUUCAUCGCAGACCGCAUGGGGCUUGCUCCUACAGAUCGCAUCGUCGUGCCACCGCCGCUGUUCCACUGCUUCGGCUCCGUGCUGGGCUACAUGGCCACGGCCACCACCGGCGCCGCCAUCCUCUUCCCGUCUCCGGCCUUCGACCCCGUGGCUACGGUGCGGAUGGCCGCCGAGACCAACGCCACCGGCUUAUACGGCGUCAGCACCAUGCUGGUCUCCAUAUUCGAGGCCCUGGACGCCGGCAACCUCCCCGUGCCGCAGCACCUGCUCAAGGGCAUCGUCGCUGGCAGCAGCGUGCCAGAGUCACUCAUGCGCACCAUCUACAAGCGUCUCGGGCUGCAAGAUCUGGUCAUCUGCUACGGCAUGACAGAAACCGCACCCGUCAGCUGCAUGACACGGCCGUCAGACCCCUUUGAGCAGCGCACAUCGUCAGUCGGCACGCCCAUGCCACACACCGCAGUCAAGAUUGUCGAUCCCCUAGACCCAGAACGUAUCGUCCCCCUCGGUGAGCGCGGCGAGCUGGCCGCCUCCGGAUACCUCGUCAUGAAGGGCUACUUCGGCGACCCGGAGCGCACCGCCCAGGUCCGGCGCACCGACGCCGACGGCCGCACGUGGAUGUACUCGGGCGACGAGGCCGAGAUGGACGCCAACGGCUUCGUCCAAAUCACCGGCCGCAUCAAGGACCUCAUCAUCCGCGGCGGCGAAAACAUCCACCCCCUCGAGGUCGAAAACUGCCUCUUCCAGCUCCCCGGCGUCCAGGAGGUGUCCGUCGCCGGCGUCCCGGACGAGCGUCUAGGUGAAGCCGUCGCCGCCUUCGUCAUCCCUCGCCACGGCUGGCAAACGACCGACGCGCAGCAAGACGGCGACGAGGCUGCGCAGAGACUAUCCAAGGACCGCGUGCGCGAAUGGGUGCGGACGAAUCUGUCGAGCCACCUGGUGCCCAAGUACGUCUUCUGGGUCGACGACUAUCCCAAGACGGCCAGCGGCAAGAUUCAGAAGUUUAAGCUGCAGGAGAUGGCCAAGAAGAUGCUGGCCGCCGAGGCAUAA